AUGCUGACCUUUCCGCCAGCUUAUGAUGAUUCCGCGCAAGAUUUGAAGGCUCGUGCGAUACUUGUAAAAAUUGAAGAUCAAUUAAGCGAUGAUAAUCGACGAAAACUGCCAUUUUUAAUAAGUAAUGAUAUUUCCCGUAGAACACGUGAUGAUAAGUCUGGAUCCUCGAUUCUAAACCUGUUCGAUGAGUUAUUCGACCGUGCAAAGAUAACAAGCAACGAUUUUUCUUAUUUAAUACGUGUGUUCGAACUUCUGGAAUGUCAUACUGCAGUUGAAUAUCUGAGAGAACAUCAAGAGCAAGUUGUCACUACGCCGCGACUAAUCUCACCACCGGAACAAGUCUCUUUACAAGUCCAACUAACAGAACAGGUCUCUUCAAAGCCUCGAUAUUUUAGUAUGCUUCAGGUUGUGAUCCAGGAUCGAGAAGAUGAUUCAGUGACAAGCAGAGCGGUUGAUGAUAGUGCUUUAACAUCUAAAGUCGACAGACUUUCUUUUCAAGCGGCUGAAGUGGAUUCAAAGGGUAACGUAUCACAUGCUAAUAAUCAAGAAAAUGGAAAUCAAAUACGAGAAAUUAUAACAGAAUCGGGAACAUCCAAUACCGCUACUCUAAUCUUAGCAGCUAUUACAAAUGCCAAUAAGAGAUCUAAAAAAUUCAGUGUGAACAAUGUAAAAGGACAAAAAGUUACACAAAUUUUGAAAAAACGUUCCGACGAUCGUUAUAAAUGUCCAAAAUGUCGUGAGAAAUUUCUGCCUCAAGGAAUAAAAAAUCAUAUGUGGGCUUGUGACCCGAAAUGGUGUUUGGAAAACAAUAUUUUUCGGACAGAGAAGGAAGAGAGGUAUAGUGAUUGUUUAUUGAACUCUCAGUCCACAGAUAGACUACCAAAGAAUUUAGAAGAAGACUCAGUGGCAAUCGAAACGGGCGGUGAUACGGUCUCCUCCUCAAAAGUUAAUGGACUUUCUAAUCAAUCGGCGGCUGAAGCAAGUGAAUCAAGAGAUUUAAAUAAUCGACGAUCUCUUGAUAAUCCGAAACAAGAACUUACAAAAAAGCCUGGAAUAGCGAACGGUUCUUUACCAACACUUAAAAAAGCUAAAAGUCGAUCUAAGAGAAAAACUAUAGCUCGAGAGAAUGGACGAAGAAUUAUAGAGGUUCUGGAGAAAGAUUCUAAUGGAUAUUAUACAUGCCCAGGUUGUUGUAGAAAGUGUAAACCUCAAGGAAUACAGAAUCAUGUAUGGGCAUGUGACAAUAAAUGGUGUCUUAAAAACGAAAUUUUUUUGGAUGAAUCCGUAGUUUAUGAUUCGACCGAGAGCAGCGACGAAGAUGGGUCAUGA